AUGUUAGAUUCUCUCUAUCAAGUCAGGCUACUUUCUGCCUUACGGAGUGGGGAUCCUGCCCGGAUCCACCCUUUCUUGGCGGAUAUAUCAAAGGACCGGCGCACUUCUUCUGAGAGUGAUGUAGACCUGGGUGCUGCGGCCCUUCAUCUGGCAAUUCGCUGUGCUUCAUGCGAUACUAUAUCGCUUCUACUAUCCCACCGAUCAAUUUCGCCCAACGCCGUGUACCCGCCUGGGUCCGGGACGACCGCGCUGCACCUCGCGGCAUCGCUGUCGCGAACGGACGUCGUCAAUCUGCUGCUCGACGCCGAGGGCAUCGACGACAGCCUGCGCGAUGCGAACGGCAAGACCGCCCUGGAAGUGGCCAGAGGCAAGGAGACCAUCCGCGCCAUCCGCGACUCGAGGGCGUUCCUCACCGCGUCGUACCGAUCACUCUUGCGGACGUAUAUUCUCUCGCCGCCCUCCGCGUCACCACCGGAGGCGCUCAUGAAGCUACUGUCGUCGCCACGGAUCCGCCUCGUCGAUCUCUCUUAUCUAGAUGACGCCUCCGGCCGCACGCUGCUGCACGAGGCGGCGCGGCGCAAGGACCUUCGCCUAAUUGAACUUGCGGUACGGGCCGGUGCCGACAUAUUUGUUCGGGAUCGGCGCGGCCGUGCGGUAUACGACAGCGCUGGGAAGGACGACCGCGUGCGGGCAUUUCUCCGACAGUUCACGAACCAGGACAAUUCGCUCAUCUCGGAACCGUCGGCGGAACCACCGGAGCUUAGAGGUUAUCUCAAUAAGUACACGAACGUCGCGAAGGGAUACAACGCACGAUGGUUCGUGUUGCAUAACGGCGUUUUGUCUUACUACCGACACCAGGACGAUGAGACCGUAGCAUCCCGCGGAUCCAUCGCUGCCAAGAACGCAGUGCUCACCGUCCCGGGCGGCACAUCAGGGCUGCGUUUCGAAGUACACUCAACACCGUCCCGCGGCCACUCAUCCGUGCAGAAGUGGUACCUUAAGGCGAACCACCCCGUCGAAGCUACACGCUGGAUCACCGCGAUCCAGAGGAGCAUCGAGAUCGCGAAGCGGGAGGGGGAGCAGCCGGAGCGCAGGAGCGGGGAGAGCGACGCCACGAGCCUGAAGCCGGCGUCGUCCAUCGGUGGGGCGUCGCACUAUCUGAAGAAGAAGGACCGUCCGAUGGCGAGAGCCCUGCAGUCUGCCCCCAGCUCCGCGGCCGGCGAUGUCGACGAUGCCGGAGAUAUCAGCGACCGGAAGGAGGGCGACCAUCCCGCCGAUGAACAGGAGGAAGAGGAGGAUUCUUCCGACGCAGGCUCGACGCAGCAGGCGCCCCCUCAUACCAAUGCGUUCGAGCUCCAGGGUAACGCACUCCUGGCCCAGGUGGAUCUCACCUCGCAGCUGCUCUCCAGUCUUCCACAGCAGAUCCCCGGCUCCCCGCGCGCCGUCGAGCUCAGCAAGGCUAUUGACGACACCUUCACCUCCGUCUCAGGUAUGCUCACAGAGUACGUGCAUAUGGUCAAGGAUCGCGAAGAGUGGUACAAGGCGAAGCUCGACCGUGAGCGCGAGCGCCAGAAUAUCUGGGAGGAGAGCCUGCAGGCCGUUGUGCUCGAAGGCGACAGGCUCGAGCAGGAGCUGCGCAGCCGCUUCCGCCGUAGGAGUCGUGCCCCGAGUGCGAGCGCCGGUGCUGGGGAUACUCUUCGCCGGAGGACGUCGCAGAUACUCGGUUCCCCCAUCCUUGCCUCCCCCGUCGUGGUGGAGAACAUUAUCGCCCCUGCUGCUGCCGCAGCCGCCAUCGCCCGUCAGGAAGAACCGGGCUCCCCAACGGGAGUGAAGACACCCACAGCUACGACAGCGCAACGUUCAGUGCCGCUCCAGCGCCCACCCAUUCCCUCACCCGCUCACUCCACUGGUCGUUUGUCUCUGAUCAAAGGCGGGGGUAAGGUGCUCGGCGACGAUGACGACGAAGCGUACACGGACGAGGAGGACGAGUUCUUCGACGCGAUCGAGUCCAACACGCUCCCGAACCUUGUCAUCACGCAGUCGCUCAUGCACCCCGGCGGGACGGAGUUCUACAUCAGCAGGGAGAUGUACAAGGGCUACCUGAAGCUGCGCGACCGGCUCGCGAUCUCGAGCGACGACCGGCCGCCGAUGAGCCUGUGGGCGGUGCUGAAGAACAGUAUCGGCAAGGACCUGACGAAGAUCUCGUUCCCGGUGUUCUUCAACGAGCCGACGAGCAUGUUGCAACGUAUGGCGGAGGAUAUGGAGUUCUCGGAGUGCCUGGAUGCCGCACAGGCUGAGAAGGAUCCUCAUCGGCGCAUCGCCUUCGUCGCGGCGUUCGCCAUGUCCAACUACUCGUCCACCAUCGGCCGUAUUGCCAAGCCUUUCAACCCGAUGCUUAGCGAGACGUUCGAGUACGUGCGGUUCGACAAGGAGUACCGCUAUGUGUCGGAGCAGGUCAGCCACCACCCUCCCAUCUCCGCGUGCUGGGCCGAGUCGCCCCAUUGGCGCUACUACGGCGAGGUCGACGCGCAGAACAAGUUCAUGGGCAAGUCGUUCGAGAUCCGGCCUACUGGUAUCGCGCACGCCGACCUGUUGCUUCCGGAGGAGAUGGCUCCCGAUUAUCCCAAGGCGAAGGGCCCGCAUGUGAAGGGUCAGGUUGUCGAACACUACAGCUGGAAGAAGGUGACCACGAACGUCUCCGGAUUCAUCCUUGGAUCACCCACCAUCGACCACUACGGAGAUAUGAUCAUCACGAACCAUCGUACCGGAGAUCAAUGUAUCCUCACAUUUAAACCGCGCGGCUGGCGCGGGAAGGAUGCGUACGAGAUCUCUGGAUACGUGCAAGACACACGCGGAAACGUCACUUACGAAAUCGCCGGACGGUGGAACAGCCAGCUCGUCGCCCGCCAGGUCGGCACCGGUGUAGGUCAGCUGCACCCCGACGUCCCGCUGAGCAGUCCUACCUCGCCAACCGCUUCGAGCGAGUACAUUCUCCUCUGGCGAAACUCGGUCAAGCCUCCGGCACCGUUCAACCUCACGCCGUUCGCCAUUACCCUGAACGACUGCCCCGAGGACACCUUGAAGCCGUUCGUAUGCCCCACGGACUGCCGGCUGAGGCCUGACCAGCGCGCGUUCGAGCUCGGCAAGUACGAGCGGGCGAACGAGCUCAAGAACAAGCAGGAGGAGUUCCAGCGCGCCGUGCGGAAGGCGCGCGAGGAGGGCCGUGCGCCGCCGCACAAGCCUCGCUGGUUCCAACCCACGACGGAGCCGGACACGCGGGAGCGGGUGUGGAUGCCGGCCAUGGUCGAGGACCAGCUGGAGUACUGGAUCGAGCGCGAGAAGGUGACGAAGGCGAAGCAGACUGGGGUCGAGGAGGACUGGAACGAGGUGGACCGCAUCUUUAUCGAGGACGCGCCGUAA